AUGCUUGGAUCUUCCACAGAGUCCUUCCUGAUGACCCUGCAUGCAUCUGAGUCCUCCAGCUKCAGGUCAUCCCGUGUGGGGCUGGAUCGGUCUGGCAGCCCCCCCUCCCCCCCAGCUUGGACCAGACUCUCCGACCGACCCCCGGGACUCAGGACCUACCACUCCACCAGCCGCGGAGGCCUUAGGCUCACCAUCAAACACAAGGCUGGAUCCAGGAUGGUGGUUCACAACUCAGCCUGUGACACCGUGCACGCUACCGCCCCCUCUGGUCACAAGCGGUACCACACCGGCCAACUGAUCAAUGGGAGUGGUGAUCUGACUGAGCAGGGCUCCUCCCAUAGGACCUCCUGCCAUCCAAUCGAUGAGGAGAUGUUGAACGGAGCCCUGCCCUCCAAAGCAGUGGAGGACAUCCCACACGGUCACCAUAGUGACAGCAGGGAAUCUGUAGCACAGAUUCAGACAACAGCACUGGGUUCACAAUAUAUACGUUCCCCAAACGCCCUUACUAUGCCGAGCUUAGACCCACAGACUGCCUGUCUAGAGCCUCCCUCUCCAGACCCUGGAGAGAUGAGUACCCCCAAACUGAAACGCUUCAGGCCCACGCUUCCGGACCUCCCGUCCCAGGCGGACAGGCACAGCUACAGGCCCCAGCCUUUUCCACAGACCAGCUACAGGCCCCAGCCUUUUCCCCAGACCAGCUACAGGCCCCAGACCAGCGACAGGCCCCAGCCUUUUCCCCAGACCAGCGACAGGCCCCAGCCUCUUCCCCAGACCAGCGACAGGCCCCAGCCUCUUCCCCAGACCAGCGACAGGCCCCAGCCUCUUCCCCAGACCAGCUACAGGCCCGAGGCUAGUCCUAGCCCCCAACCCCCCCUGCCAGAGGACAAACACCCUCAGUGA